CGGCCGCUCGGCCGCUGCUCCGGAAAGAGCCGAAGGGCGGCGGAGGCGGCCGAGGGGAGGUGGCGCGGGCGCGGCGGGCCGCGGGGACCAUGGCGCAGCAGCUCGAGGAGCUGCGGGCGGACGGCGUGGACAAGGAGCUGCUGCGGGAGGGCACCGGGCCGCUGCCGGACUUUCGCGACGGCACCAAGGUCAGAGCGGUACCGCGGCCCCCGGUGGAGGUGGGGGGGCAGGGCGAGACCACGUUCCACUACCGGACGCUGCGGUGCGGGGAUGAGGAGGCGCCGCUGGACGACAGCCGGGAGCGGGGGAAGCCGAUGGAGCUGAUCGCCGGCAAGAAGUUCAAGCUGCCGGUGUGGGAGGCGAUUCUGCGAACCAUGAGGCCCGGGGAGCGGGCCCGGUUCCGCUGCGACACCAAGCACGUGGUGCUCUACCCGCUGGUGUCCAAGAGCCUGCGCAACAUCGCGGCGGGGAAGGACCCGCUGGAGGGGCAGCGGCACUGCUGCAGCAUCGCCCAGCUGCACGAGCACUACUCCCUGGGCUACCCCGACCUGGACGAGCUCCAGAAGAACCCCCAGCCCCUCAUCUUUGACAUCGAGGUGCUCAAGGUGGAGGCACCCGGCUCCUACCAGCAGGACCCGUGGGCCAUGACGGAUGAGGAGAAGCUGCAGGCUGUACCCGUGAUCCAUAAGGAGGGCAACGAGCUGUACGGGCAGGGCAAGGUGCAGGAGGCAGCUGCUAAAUACUACGAUGCCAUCGCCUGUCUCAAAAACCUGCAGAUGAAGGAGCAGCCGGGCUCUCCGGACUGGAUUGAGCUAGACCAGAAGAUCACCCCUUUGCUGUUAAAUUACUGCCAGUGCAAGCUGCAGUGUGAGGAGUACUACGAGGUGCUGGAUCACUGCUCCUCCAUCCUCAACAAGUACGAGGACAACGUCAAGGCCUACUUCAAGCGGGGCAAGGCCCACGCGGCGGUGUGGAACGUGGCAGAGGCACGGGCUGACUUUGCCAAGGCUCUGGCCCUCGACCCCUCGCUGCGCCCCGUGGUCUCCAAGGAGCUGCGGAGCCUGGAGGCGCGGCUGCGGGAGAAGGACGCCGAGGACAAGAUCCGCUUCAAGGGCAUCUUCUCGCAGUAGAGCCCAACGCUCUCGGACCAGCUUCUUCUAGAUAUUCCACAUGUGGAAUGCAGAUGGAUGUUUAUUAAUGUUUAAUACAGACUUAUCUGAAGGGGUUUCCCAGCGGCCCGGGAGCUCGCCAGGGCCCGGGGACACCGCAGUGCACUUAAGGCGCAGUGUUAAGCGGCGCAGAGCAACGGCAGCGCACGGUCGCAGCCCGGGCUGAAGGUGAAGCUCCUGCCCAGGCUCUAAACUCUGCUCAUCAUCAGGCUGGGACAGGAGGGGGUGACACAAGCUCCAGCCUCUUGCUCUCUGCCGAGUUCUUUGAGUGGUCGUCGGAUGUUUUUAUACUUGAUGUUGGGGUGAGACUCUGCGCCCGAGCGAGCGGCGCUGCUGAGCCUCUGACCCCUCCGUGCCUGUCCUCCUUGCCACGUCCCACAUCGUCGCUUCUCCAGGCUGCUGCUACCAUCCCAAGCCCGUGUUUCCUCUCUACCACCUCAUCACCAUAAAUAUUUUAUAUAGAAUAACUGCUUGUAACUGCUGUCUGUACAGAAAUGGUCGUGCUGUGCCAAGAUAAACGGAAGUCAAACCAGU